UUCUUUUUUUGUAGUGCUCUCAGGGCGGCUGCAUUGUGAGGGAGACACUCAGCACUUGCGCGCAUGCAACAUCAGGAGGAGCCAGCACGGUGAUUUCGCGUGGAGAGCCACCGCCUUCUAUUUGCCCCCGCCUGCCGACCAGUGCUGCAGGACUCAUCCCUGCCCCUAAGGAUAUGAAGAAUUUCCCCUAAACAUAAUAAUGGGCCGCAAGCGAUUUAUUGCUUUGACGGGUUAACAUAACGCUAUUUUAAACAUCAACUAUGAAUCAUGCAUUUGAUAUUUCUCUCAAAUUUGCUUGUGAGCAUCCUUGUUUCCUGGCUUCAUCCAUCCAUAGCAUCAGCGUCACUUGGAGUUGAGAAUGAGGUUGCCAGGGACGCAGUGUCAUUGUUGCUGGAGCAGGAGGCAGCUGCAGCAGCAGCAGGAGUCAGAGAGAACACAACACACGCCGCAGCCAAGCAUGUGAUCACCUACCCCUCCCGCCUAAUCUACUACCUGAAUGCGGACUCAGAAAGCACUUACCAUGACCUGGACACUCACGCCAGGAAUCAAGUUAGCGAGAGUCCGGUGGUCCACCUUGCUCAAGCCAGUUUUCAGUUAGAGGCCUUCGGUUCCAAAUUUGUCCUGGACUUAUCUUUAAACAAUGACCUAUUGUCCUCAGAUUAUGUGGAGAUCCACGUUGAAGAGGGCAAAUCCACCCAUUCCAAGGGCGGAGAGCACUGUUACUACCACGGUCAGAUUCGAGGAAUCAAUGACUCACGUGUCGCCCUGUCAACCUGCAACGGGCUACAUGGAAUGUUUGAUGAUGGAGUCUAUGCGUAUCUAAUUGAGCCUCUGAAACAGACUCACUCACUUAAUGGUGCUGGGCGGCCCCACACUCUCCGCAGGAUUGCCUCCCUCAUGAGCAGCCAGGACCUGGAGGAUGCAGCAGGAGAGGAGGAGUUGCUCUUGGAGCUGGACGACAUGUCUUGGCUGAAGCGCAGGAAAAAGCGAGCUAUGCCACGUAACGUCUUUGAGGAAAUGAAGUACAUGGAGGUCAUGAUCGUCAGUGACCACAACAUGUUUAAACGGCACAAGAGCUUACAGCACACGACGAACUUUGCCAAGUCCGUGGUCAAUCUUGUGGAUGCUAUCUUCAAAGAUCAGCUUCACACUCGUGUGGUUCUUGUCGCCAUUGAGAUCUGGAUGGCCAAGGACCAGAUCCCCAUCAGUGUGAUUCCACUGGACAUGCUGAGGGAUUUCUCCAAGUAUCGGCAGCAGCACAUCAAGCGGCAUGCUGACACCGUGCAUCUCUUCUCCAACGUGACAUUCCACUACCGCAGGAGCAGCGUGGCCUACUUUGGCGGCAUGUGUUCCUUGACCCGUGGAGUCGGGGUCAAUGAGUACGGCUCGACCUGGACCAUGGCCGGGUCGCUGGCUCAAAGCCUGGCUCAGAACCUGGGCAUUCAGUGGGAUCCCGAGAGGCGAAAGGAAUGUGGCUGCCUAGAUACCUGGACGGGGUGUAUCAUGGAGGACACCGGGGUGCAGCACCCUCGCAAGUUCUCCAAGUGCAGCAUCACUGACUAUAAGGAGUUCCUGCUGAAGGGCGGAGGUUCCUGUCUCUUCAAUAGGCCCACUAAGCUCUUUGAGCCGACUGAAUGUGGGAAUGGCUAUGUGGAGGUGGGCGAGGAGUGUGACUGUGGUGUCAAAAUGGAAUGCCAUAAGGAGUGUUGUAAGAAAUGCUCCCUGUCGAAUGGUGCUCAUUGCAGCGACGGGCCCUGCUGCAACAAAACCUGUCUGUUCUACCGCCGAGGCUUCAGCUGUCGUUACGCAGUGAAUGACUGUGACAUUUCAGAGACAUGCUCAGGAGACUCAGGACAGUGUCCACCAAAUCUUCAUAAACAAGAUGGCUACUCCUGUCAUCUCAACCAGGGACGCUGCUAUGGCGGAGAAUGCAAGACCAGAGAAAGCCAAUGCAAAUAUGUGUGGGGCUCCACGGCCGGGGGCUCAGAGAAGUUCUGCUACGAGAAGCUGAACACAGAAGGCACAGAGAAAGGCAACUGUGGGAAGGAUGGAGAGAAGUGGCUUCCCUGUAGCAAGCAUGAUGUGUUUUGUGGCUACCUGCUGUGCGCCAACACUGGUCGCACCCCACGUAUUGGAAUGAUGAAAGGCGAGAUCACCCCAACUAUCUUCAACCAUCAGGGCCGAAUCAUCGACUGCAGUGGGGGCCACGUGCUUCUGGAUGACGAAACUGACAUAGGCUAUGUGGAUGACGGCACGCCCUGUGGUCCGUCCAUGACGUGCCUUGACCGCAAGUGUCUGCCAAUUCAGUCCCACAACCUGAGUGCCUGCCCUAGCGGGCCCAACGGCCUUGUGUGCUCUGCCCAUGGGGCUUGCAAUAAUGAAGGCACAUGCAGCUGUGAAACCACCUGGGCAGGGACUGACUGUAGCAUGCCUGACCCUCCAAAGAUACCAGCCCCCACUGAGGACCCAGGACCUAAGGGUCCUAGCGCCACCAAUCUUAUAAUAGGCUCCAUCGCAGGAGCCAUCCUGGUGGCAGCCAUCGUGCUGGGGGGGACUGGAUGGGGCUUUAAAGCUGUGAAAAAAAAGGGAAGGCAGCCAGCCAGCGCCAUCUAGAGGAGGAGCAGCGAGGCAGGCGACGAUCAUCAGUAGUCUUCAGCUCCUUCUACUGCUGCUGCUCUUUUUACAUUAGUGUUACUUGAAAUAUAGAGGAUAUACAAUAGAGGACACUUUUAAAAAUCCCAUACUAGUUGUGUAGAAAUGCAGCUUCUCUGAUCUGAUCUGAUCUGCCCUGGCCUAAACCUUCAUCCCAGUUUCUUAUAGUUCAUCCAUCAACCGCAGUCCGAAACGCACCCCAUUCUCUUUGCAGGCAUGUAGCAUGUCCUGUACAGAGCGCUUGCUAGCCUUGGCAUGAAGAGUCCUCGCUAAAGGAUUCUGCAUGGCUAAGAAAGCUAUAGAUAAUCAGCAAAACAUGAAUAAAUAAAUAACUUUCUAUAGUUUAAAUGCGGGGGAAAUUACUGAAGAAUCAUCAAAUAGCCUCACUUUCUAGCUUACAGAUGUUACUAUUCAGACUAGACAUCAUCACCUCCUUUCAUUCUGAGUGAAGUGUGUGGAGUAAGAUGGCAUGCAGAUCACACAUCAAACUGUACAUAUGGGAGGGGUGGGGGGGGGAACUCUUCAGGUUCUGACUUAUACAUUUUUGCACUUCUUUUUUAAUCCAUUUUAAGCAUGUGACAGACAUUUUCCACUAUUCAUCAAAAGGAAAACUUGCUAUCAGUUAAAAAGUAACAUGAUACUACAUUGCGCUACCCCAUAGGUACAUAGUCGCAUUAUCCCACAUCAAAUGUACUGUACGGUACACAGAGAGAGACGUAUGAGGAACAGAGUGGGUAUGAGGAACAGAGGCAAGGCUAAAGGGUCUGGAGCAGUCUAUCAGAUUCUGUCACAGGAGUUGCUGCAUUUAUCCCAGUACCGACUCAAA